AAUUUUACAGUCAUAUUACAAUGUGAGGUUGGGUUAAAGGUUUAGGGUAAAGGUGUAAGUCACUACAAUGUCCUCUAAAGUGUGUGUGUGCGCGUGCGUGUGCGCGUGCGUGCGUAGGGGGCGUGGUUUGAUGACGUCGCCGCGGUUGCAGUGUAGCUAAUGUGAAUGCAGACGGAGACUGAGGAUGGAGCAGAGGAGGAGAAGCGCCGCCGCCGUCUCACAUCGCGGUCACACCUCUGAAAUAUCACAUCUCCAAUCGAGGAGCCUCCUUCGAUUUGAAAACUAAACAACAACAAAAAAAGGCUGUGACUUUUCUCUUCUCCUCUGUUUCUCUUAACUGACACCGGUCCACUUCCCCCCGUCUCCCCGUCGGCGCUACACCGGCUUCGACUGUCUUGUGUCAGCGGAAGAAAAAGACCAAAAAUCCCGUUGGAAAUCCAUCUUCGAGGUUUCACCCAUCUCCUGGACUGCCCCGUCACUGCCCCGACAAACAUGGAUGAGGAAAAUCACGUUCCUGAGGAUCUGUCCCUGGAGGAGAGGGAUGAGCUGUCCAACAUCAGACGCAGGAAGAGAGAGCUGCUCGAUGAUAUUGAGAGGUUGAAGUUCGAGAUAGCGGAGGUCAUGACGGAGAUCGAGCAGCUGACGUGUGUUGGAGAGAGUAAAACAUGCCAGAGAAACAAACAGAUCGCCAUGGGUCGGAAGAAAUUCAACAUGGAUCCGAAGAAGGGAAUCCAGUUCCUGCUGGAGAACGACCUUCUACAGCACACUCCUGAGGACAUCGCCCAGUUCCUCUACAAAGGCGAGGGUCUCAACAAGACUGUCAUCGGAGACUACUUAGGGGAACGAGAUGACUUCAACAUCAAGGUGCUGCAGGCCUUUGUGGAGCUGCAUGAGUUCGCAGACCUCAACCUCGUACAAGCACUACGGCAGUUCUUGUGGAGUUUCCGUUUGCCAGGUGAAGCCCAGAAGAUCGACCGAAUGAUGGAGGCAUUUGCCUCCCGUUACUGUCAGUGCAACCCCGGAGUCUUCCAGUCAACAGAUACCUGCUACGUGUUGUCGUUUGCUAUCAUCAUGCUGAACACCAGCCUCCAUAACCCAAACGUCAGAGACAAGCCCCCCGUGGAGCGCUUUAUCUCCAUGAACAGAGGCAUCAACGAAGGAGGAGAUCUGCCAGAAGAACUUCUCAGGAACCUUUACGACAGCAUCAAAAAUGAGCCCUUCAAGAUCCCAGAGGAUGAUGGCAAUGAUCUGACGCACACAUUCUUCAACCCCGACAGGGAGGGCUGGCUCCUAAAGCUCGGGGGCCGGGUGAAGACGUGGAAGAGACGGUGGUUCAUUCUGACUGACAACUGCCUCUACUACUUUGAAUACACAACAGAUAAAGAGCCUCGUGGGAUUAUUCCUCUGGAGAACCUCAGUAUCAGAGAGGUGGACGAGCCCAGGAAACCUAACUGCUUUGAGCUCUACAACCCCAACCACAAAGGUCAGGUGAUCAAGGCCUGCAAGACGGAGGCGGACGGGCGAGUCGUCGAGGGCAACCACGUUGUGUACAGGAUAUCGGCCCCCACGCCAGAGGAGAAGGAGGAGUGGAUCAAAUCCAUCAAAGCGAGCAUCAGCAGGGAUCCUUUCUACGACAUGCUGGCCACCAGGAAGCGGAGGAUAGCAAAUAAAAAAUGAUGACCACCCAUCCUCAUCCACCUCCGCGUCACCCACCGUCUCUGGGAGCAGCACAGUCCAAAGACGCAGGCGGGAGUUUCGUUUGGACUGAAGAUUGUCUGCACCUGUAGUGAAUGUGAAGACUUGAACCUCUGAUGUGAAACGGAGUGCAAGGAACGGCAGAAUCAUUACCAAGCCGGAUGUUGAUCGACAACAGGAAGGAGGACUACAGCUUAGUGGCAGAACUGUAGACUGUACAUAAAAACAGGAACAGCCAUGACUGGAAUCAUAGGACAUUUUGAUGUAACGUGGCUGUGGCAAUAUCGCCCCCUGCUGGACACAGAAGAAAUUAAAUCUACUGCACUACAAAUGUGGUCAUGUGGCAUCCCUUCCAUCCCGACCGCCUUGCGUUGGUUUGUUGUCAACUCUCCGCUCCCUGCAGGACUCCAGAUGCCAGUCAACAUUAUAAUCUCACAUAUUCCCAUCCUUCAACAAGUUGCCGACAACACCAACUACAGGAAGCCUCAACUUUUUUUUUAAAUCAGCUGGUCUGAUUGUCAGCCCUCAAGUGAGGGCAAACUCGCAGAUUCAUCCAAGAAAAUGAAAGCCAAGCUCAAAAUUCUUUUCACAUUUACAGUGCUCCACCUUAUUUUCCUCUUUGAAAACACAGAAGCUAACAGUUUGGGGAAUAGUACCAAACAUAUUCAGCCUUUGACGUGGCCACUGUUUAAUAAGGCUACAGCGCAUCAUAUAUAUAUAUUAGUUCUGUACUGUAAUGUAUUGACGAUUCACCUUCGUGUUCAUUUCUUUUGUAUUUAUUUGCUUAUUGUUUAACAAAAGAGGCAGCCCCAGACUUACAUUAUGCAUGUAUAAUAUAUAAUGUACAUACCGUUUGGUUUAUUUCCGUUUGUUCUUUGUUGUGUUUAUGUAGCAUGUAAAUCAUAAUGGCCAUAGCCUAUACCCGUUCACAUUUGAGUUUGACAUAACAGUUUACAAUGAGAGGGAGGGACCUUGUGCAGAGCAGUGAAGCCUCCUCACACUGAGUUAUUACUGAGGAUCAGAUAUUGUGAUGUUAUAUGAAAGAAAAACAACUUUGCUGAGAGCGUAGGACAUGAGCAGGUUCAAAACUGGAAACCCAAGGUUGAUCCGACCAACCCAAAGCCAGAACUUUCCUUAUCAGGUGCAGAUUUUAAGUUUCAACAUGGUAUGAUGCGGGGUGAACUGCUCCUGAACACUUUGAUGAAGACUUUGAAUAAAAAAAAAAAAGGACAUGCUGAUCAGCCAA